CCUUGGACUCUGCAGCCGUCUCCUGUCUAACUGAAUGUGACCUCUCCCUUCUGUAGGCAGUGUACAAAGCCUGGCUGUGCUCGGAGUAUUUCAACGUGACCCAGCGGCAGUGCCGCCACCAUAUUCCCUGCAAGCAGUACUGCCUGGAGGUGCAAACACGCUGCCCCUUCAUGUUACCUGACAACGACGAAUUUAUCUACGGAGGGUUACCUGGCUUCAUCUGUAAACCGGAAUUGCUAGAAAACCAUAUGUCUAACACAGAGGCGGAGUGUUGUGAUGUCCGAUGGCAUUCCUGUAACACACCAGGGAGCAGCAACCACAACUCAUCAACCAAAUCUUCGAACUCCCAGUCCAUAUACUAUCAACCCCACGGUCAUCAUCACCAUCACCAUCGACACCAUCACUUGCAUCCCUAUCAUCACCAUCACCCAUCUCUGCUGCCGGUCUCAGCGGGAUCCCGCCUCGGAAACACCAGACUAAGGCUGUGCGUGCUGGUGUUUAUGCUACUCCACACCAUGGCCUCCUUCUCGGCUGUGCAGAACGGGGUGCGCUUGGAACCCAUGACUGCCAUGGAUGAGACAUCGGCCCGUGAAGAAUGAGUAUAUGGAAGCACUUUCUGAAAAUUCAGAAGGUUGGAAUACAUUCCUCCCAAAGGGUUCGCCCUUUUGUUUGACCUGGAGGCACAGGUAGACCGCCCUCAGAAGCAGUUAACCAUGGCUCAGCCUGGUUAUAACGGAGAAUGAGUUCUGUGGGUUAGAGGGCCUGUGAGACACAACUUCGAGAAGGGUUCUGUGUCAGUGGUCUUGAAGUAAUGCUUGUGUUAAGCACAGGUAAUGUGAGGCAGAGUAAGAUUGGGGUGGUCCGGUAUCAAUUUGAAAUCUGGAAAGAAUGUUUGGCCAAAAAUAUAUCAUGUAUGGCACUCUAUGGUUAAUUCAAAUUAACAGAUGGUCAAACUUGCCAAUUUUGAAUGCUGAAUAAAUGCUAAGUGCUUUAGUGCUGCCCUGAAUGUAUUCUUGGUCAUGGUGGUUAAACACUAGCUCAAUUAGCUAACAACGGAAAUGGCCAAGUGGCAGCUGUACUUCGAAAAUGAAUAUGAAAAUUAAACGUUACCACCAAGCAAUGCUUAUACAUGUAAGAGAACUAAUGAUUAGGCAAUUCUGGAAAAGAUGAUAUUAGUUUGUAUUUAAUUAAAGAAAUUAUAAAUAAAUCCUGCAAAUUUUCAGGCAGAUAAGCCACUUACAAAA